CUAAGUGGAAUAGAAAGGCCAAGUAACAACGGGAAGAGAAAAAAAUGGAGAACAUAAUUAGUCAAAACAUGAAUAAUACAAAUACAAUAGCUAAAGUGAUUAACAACUUCUCUUACUAGCAACAGCGGUUUAAUGCCAUUUUUUUCAUGCAAGUUGCAACUAAUGACAACGGAUGUUACUUUUGGUAAAUAUGUGCCUGGGGCCUGAAGUUGUGUGUAGUAUCCUUCAUGGAUCUUAUGCUUUCUUUUUUUCUUCCAUCUGUCACAUCUACUAUCCAUCUCCAUUAUUAUGUUAUGCUAUCCACCUCAUCCACUUAUUAGAUUCUCGGACGAUUAUUGAGGAACGUAUCACUAGUUUUGAUAUCUACACUUUGGUCUUCAACAAAUACAUUACUAGCCUUAUCAUUGCUAUCUCUCUUCUCUUCUUUCUGAUUCUGUGAUAAGUGAUAACCAUGGCUGAAUCAUUCAUCUUCAGCAUCGCUGAAUCACUCACUGCCAAGCUCGCUUCUCGUGCAUAUGAAGAAGCGUCUCGGGUGGUUGGUGUCUAUGAUGACCUUCAAGACUUGAAAAGCAGUCUCUCAUAUGUGAAAGCUGUGCUGUUGGAUGCUGAGCAGAAGCAGGAGCGGAGCCACGAGCUGCGGGAGUGGCUGAAGCAGAUCAAACUCAUCUUCUAUGAUGCUGAGAACGUGCUUGAUCAAGUUGACUGCCAAACAUUGCGCAAGCAAGUCGUCAGAGCCUAUGGUACUCCUAAAGACAAGGUAGGUCGCUUCUUCUCGAGUUCUAAUCCACUUGUGUUUCGCUGGAAGAUUGCUCAGCAGAUCAAAGAUAUUACGCAGAGAUUAGACAGAGUUGCGGCCAAUAGAGAUAAGUUUGGGCUUCAAACAAUUGCAGUUGAUAGGCGAGUUGUGCAUAGGAGAGAAAUGACUUACUCCCAUGUUAUUGAGUCUGAUGUCAUAGGAAGGGAUCACGAUAAAGAGAAGAUCAUAAAGCUCUUGAUGGAACCGAGUCUUGACAACAACGAUGGCUCUAAACAUAUCUCUGUGAUUCCCAUUGUGGGAAUUGGAGGUUUGGGAAAGACCACACUUGCUAAGCUCGUCUUCAAUGAUAAGAGAGUAGGUGAGUCUUUCCCAUUGAAAAGGUGGGUGAGUGUUUCUGAUGAUUUUAAUAUUAAAUCAUUGAUUCUCAAAAUCAUCAAUCCUCUCAGUGAUUUUGCUUCUUCCACUAAUGCUCCUGGGGGGCAACAAAACUUAAUAGACUUACAGAUAGAGCAAUUGCAACAUCGUCUAAGAAACAUGCUUGAGGGUCGAAAGUUCCUGCUGGUGUUGGAUGACGUAUGGAAUGAAGAUCGUGUUAAAUGGGUUGAGCUGCAACAUCUCAUUUCAGUGAGUGCUCAAGGAAGCAAAGUUAUAGUCACAACACGUAGCCAGUCCAUCGCUUCCAUGAUGGGUACCGUUGCCAACUCUUACCAUUUGAAAAAUCUUUCUCCCAAGGAUUCAUUGCGUUUGUUUGUUAGAUGGGCUUUUAAAGAAGGAGAAGAUGGAAAGCAUCCGGAUUUGAUAAUGAUUGGAAGAGAAAUCGUCAAAAAGUGCAAAGGAGUUCCUUUAGCUGUGAGAACAUUGGGAAGUUCACUAUUUUUCAAACACGAGAUACAAGAGUGGGAAGCAAUGAGAGACAAGGAGAUUUGGAAUUUGCCGCAAAAAGAGGAUGAUAUCUUACCUGCAUUAAAAUUAAGCUAUGAUGAAAUGCCAUCCCAUUUGAGGCAAUGUUUUGCUUUGCUCUCCCUUUAUCCAAAGAAUCAUGCAUUUAAUUCUUUUGACGUUGCUCCACUUUGGGGGGCAGCAGGUUUGCUUCCAUUGCAAAGCAAAGAUAAAACAAUGCUAGAGGAUGCCCACCAAUAUUUGAGUGACUUAAUGACAAGAUCUUUUCUCCAUAACGUUGUUGACUGUGGCACCUUUUAUGGAUUUAAACUACAUGAUUUAGUGCAUGAUCUUGCAGUAUACGUUUCAAAAGAUGUGUGUCAAUUGGUUAGUUCAAACACUCAGGACAUACCAGAAAAUGUGCUGCAUUUGUCUUUUGUUGAGAAUGGUUUGCCUUACAAUUCCAUCAAGACAAGCUUACAAGGUGUGAGAAGCAUUCUAUUUCCAGUCGACAAUCAGGGAGCCAGUGAAGCUUUCUUGAAUGCAUGGGUGUCAAACUGCAGAUACCUGCGAUAUUUGGAUUUAAGUAAUUCUACAUGUGAGACUUUGCCUGAGUCAAUUGGUAUGUUGAAACAUUUAAGAUAUAUUUCUCUUUGUAAUAAUAAAAGAAUAAAGAGGCUCCCUAAUUCUAUUUGCAAGCUCCAAAAUUUGCAAGUUUUGCGUCUUGAUGGGUGUUCAAAUCUUGAAACUGUACCAGAAAAGUUAAGAAAGUUGAUCAGCCUGCAAAGAUUGGAGAUAACCACAAAGCAAUCUAUUUUGCCAGAGAGUGACAUUGCAAAGUUGAAUUGUCUUGAAUAUUUGUGUGUCCAAAAUUGUGUUCAUUUGGAGUCCUUGUUUGUUGGGACAAGAUUGCCUACACUUCGAACUUUGGAAGUUACUGCUAGUGCGAGUCUAAAGUCUUUGCCACUUGAUACUCACCAUUUCCCUCAGUUAGAAACUUUGGGAAUCAGCGGUGUUGUCAAUGAAGAUUGGCUUUAUAGAUCGGAGGAUACUAAUGCUGUCUUGAGGUUAAAAACCAUUGUUCUUUAUAAAAUGGUAACGUUGCCUCAUUCUCUCCAACGGUAUGCAAGCACGUUACAAACUUUGGUGAUUUCACGUUGCUACGAGCUGGAGGUACUUCCUGAAUGGCUGUCGAAUCUGAGUGCUUUGAAAUUUCUUUAUAUCUGGGGUUGUCCAAAAUUGAUGUCUCUUCCCAGAGAUAUCCACCGUUUAACAAGUCUCCAUCUUUUACAAAUCAUAAAUUGCACUAAGUUGUAUAGAAAAUACGAGCCACAAGUUGGAGAGUGCUGGCCCAUGAUAUCUCACAUCAAGCAUACUGACAUUAGGAAGACAUGGAAUAGCUAAUGGAAGAUGAAAAAGAAUUGUCUUAACAACCCGGAUUGGAGUCAAAGUGCCUUUUGUUUCUUCAUCAGUUUCCAUAAUGUACGCAAUUGUUCUUGUUUUGUUUUGAACUAUAUGUCUUCAGUGAUUUUUCAAGUUUCUGUAUGUUCUUUUGUAAUUCAACAAGUAUGAUUUAGUGUUGCCUCUAAUGAGAUUCUGUACAAAGUAGACAUUAAGUUACAAUCUCAAGGAAGGACAUGCAUGCAUGACAUCAUCUAACUUGCUAAAAACAUAUACAUAUUUGAGAAAAUAGUUAGCACAUGUAAUUGAAAUGGUGGAAUUUCUCAAGAACUUGGAUAGCAUUUUAUUUGGUGUGAUGAUUACCAGGUGAGUAGGUGGAUCGCAAAAGCAUAGCAACACAAGCACAAACAUAUUUGA